AUGCGCGCCAAGUUCGAGCAUUGGGAGGUGGCACUUUUCCCGCGGCUGCGAGCGCAGCGGGCAGUGGCCGCCCUUCACCGGCUCGCCGCCUUGGUUCCUCCCCGAGUUGCGGCUGCAGUCUGGCGCACGCUCUGGUCGGGUUGGUGCACUGCCAGGCGCUUCGGCGGGCGCGCAGCCUGCUUGUUCUGCGGCCUCGAGGACGGGGAUUCCGUGGAGCACGUCACGGUAUGUCGCGCUCUGGCCGAGUCCGAGUUCGGGGCGGGACACCUGCGGCUGCCGUACCGGCAAGACCGCGACGCGCGGCGGCAGGAUUUCUUGCUGCUGAAGCCGCAGUCCGAGGUCACGGAUGCUCGGCUGACGCUCGGGGCUCUGCGGGUGGCUGCGGCGUACCGUAUGCACUGCAAAUUUCGCCAGCAGCGAGCGGCCCUGAACGGCGAGCACACGGUGCGACGCGCGCUGGAGCAAGCCGUCCGGGAAGCCGUUCAAGGGCACCGCUGGGCCGCCGCGGUGAUGGACACACGCUGGCGGUGA